CGAAGUUGCCCUUGUGACUCGGCCUUUGCCCGCGGCGCAGAGAGUCGAUAGCUCAUCUACCCACCAUCCACGAUCCAAUGGCUGGUAGCAGAACCAGUUCUUAUGGUCAGUGACACGCCCACUCCGAGAAAUUGGAUCUUUUGCCCCCUGAGAAUGACGAGUGAGACCGAGGCACUUGCCAUUGAGAUAAGCAUGAGGUAAAUCAUCAAAUCUAUGUAAAGUGGGGCAAAAGAUCCAAUCCCCCGCCCACUCCUCGCUCGAAAUCCCGUACAGAUUCGUUAGGAGAUGGCGCGAGAGGGAGUAGGGGCAGCCAUGGCGCCCGCAGCGGCGGAAGUGAGGUACGGGAUAGUUGGGGUCGGGAUGAUGGGGAGGGAGCACCUCCACAACCUCGCCCACCUCGCCGGAGAAGUCGAGCGGGAGCAGUCCGUCCGCGUCUGCGUCACCUGCCUCGCCGACCCCCACCCGGAGUCCCUCCUCCUUGGCCUCCGCCUCGCUGCGGAGCUUGGCCUGCCACCUCCCCAGACAUUUUCAGGUCACCGCGAGUUGCUGGACAGCGGGCUCUGUGACGCCGUUGUUGUGUCGUCGCCAAACAUGACACACUCUGAGAUACUCAUGGACAUCAUUGGUUAUGCCAAGCCGCACCAUGUUCUUGUUGAGAAGCCUCUGUGCACCACUGUACAGGACUGCGAGAAGGUCAUAGAGGCUGCCAAACAUAGGCCAGACAUACUUGUGCAAGUCGGAUUAGAAUACCGGUAUAUGCCGCCGGUGGCUAAGCUGAUAGAUAUUGUUAAAAGUGGCACACUAGGGCAGGUCAGAAUGGUGGCUAUCCGUGAACACCGGUUUCCUUUCCUUGUUAAGGUGAAAAACUGGAAUAGGUUUAAUUACAACAGUGGGGGAACUCUGGUUGAGAAGUGCUGCCACUUUUUUGAUUUGAUAAGAUUGUUUGCAGAUGCGAACCCUGUUCGUGUGAUGGCCUCUGGAGCUAUUGAUGUUAACCAUAAGGAUGAGGUUUAUGAUGGAAAGGUACCAGAUAUAAUUGAUAAUGCAUAUGUGAUCGUAGAAUUCGAUAAUGGCUGUCGUGGCAUGCUUGAUCUCUGCAUGUUUGCUGAAGGCAGUAAAAAUGAGCAGGAAAUUUCUGUUGUUGGUGACACUGGAAAGGGCGAGGCUUUUGUUCCAGAGGGCGUUGUGAGGGUUGGAAAGCGAGCAGGAGGCAGAGAUGGAGUUGUAACGGUAAAGGCCGAAGAUGAACGAAUCAAGUACCAGGGGCUUCACCAUGGAUCUAGCUACUUGGAGCACCUGAAUUUCCUGUCUGCCAUCAGGGCACAAGGUGCAUGUAGCCCAGCUAUCAGCUUGGAUGACGGCUUACUAUCUGUUGCAAUUGGUGUGGCUGGCCAAUUGUCGAUCGAGAAAGGCCGUUUCGUCACCAUUGAGGAGGUGCUAUCAAGCUGAUAAUGAGCGAUUUAUCGAUGUACUACAGAUUUCGUAUCAGUUGUAUACAUCUGUAAUAGCAUAAGCUGAUUUUCUUCAACUUGCAUGCAUUGGGUAAUUGCCUGUCUUGCGCAGUAAGCUGUUAAGGAAUGUUCAUGUUCCCUUUUUUGUUCUUUCUAAGAGCAAGUGAUCCACAAACUCGGCAACGAUGAUCAUGUAUGUAUGUAUGUAUGUAUAUUCCAGGCAUCAAAUGAUUUCAGCUA